UUACAAAAAAGCAGCAGCUCUUGCCUCUCCCGGCUGCUCACUGGCACUGUCCUCAUUCUCCCCCCAAACAAAAAAAACAAAAAACACUUUGGAAUCUCUCUGCCAUCUCUGAAUGAGUAUUUGCCCUAUAGUGUAAGGCUGAGCUGAAGCACGCCAACCUACCAAGUACAACUGCUCUGCUUUGGACCGUGAGCCCUUCCCCAGCCCCGCACCACUAUAGCCGUAACCAUGGACCGCAUGGAGCUGAAGAAAGUCUGCAUGGAGGCAGACGAUGACAGCACAGACAGUUUGGACGACCGAUUCACAGAGCCCAUCGACUCUGAGAAGGCCACCAUCAACAGUCACUUCCUGGAUGAGGAUGAGGACGCAGAGAGCCACAAGUUUCUCACUAAUGGGAUUAUGAAGAAGAAGAAGUAUGAGGAGUAUCAAGAAGAAUACCACCCAGGACAUACCUCCUUUGGUAUGUCAGUCUUCAACCUGAGUAAUGCGAUCAUGGGCAGCGGCAUCCUGGGUCUCUCCUACGCAAUGGCCAACACUGGCAUUGUGCUUUUUGUAGUCCUUCUCUUGGGUGUGGCCAUCUUGUCGUUGUACUCUGUUCACUUGCUGCUAAUGACUGCAAAAGAAGGAGGCUCUCUCAUCUAUGAAAAGUUGGGAGAGCGAGCUUUUGGCUGGCCGGGGAAAAUGGCUGCGUUUGGAUCGAUAACCCUUCAAAAUAUUGGUGCCAUGUCCAGCUACCUCUUCAUUGUAAAGUAUGAGCUGCCAGAAGUGAUCCGUGCCUUCAUGGGACUGGAGCAGAGCUCUGGUGAAUGGUACAUGAACGGAAACUACCUGGUUGUGUUUGUGUCCAUCGGUAUCAUCCUGCCUCUCUGCAUACUCAAAAACCUGGGCUACCUUGGCUACACCAGCGGAUUCUCCCUGUCCUGCAUGGUGUUUUUCCUGGGAGUGCUGAUCUAUAAGAAGUACAACCUCCCCUGCCCGAUGCCCUUCAUGUACCAUCAUACCAACCACAGUAUGAAUGGAACAGCCCUGGGGCCCCACGCCCUGCACAACGGCACCGUCCUCAUGGACUUCUCCAGAGCUGACAUGUCCCCCGCCUCCUAUCUGGACGGCCACCACACCUCAGGGGUCCGCUUCGAACCACACCCCGACGACGUGGAGGAGAUGUGCACGCCCAAGUACUUUGUGUUCAACUCUCAGACUGCUUACACUGUUCCCAUCCUGGCCUUCUCCUUUGUGUGCCACCCUGAAAUUCUACCCAUCUACAGUGAACUCAAAGAUCGCUCCCGUAGAAAGAUGCAGAACGUGUCCAACCUGUCCAUCCUGGCCAUGCUUGUCAUGUACAUGCUCUCAGCGCUGUUUGGCUACCUCACUUUCUAUGAAAACGUGGAGGCAGAGUUGCUCCACACCUUCACCAAGGUGUAUAAGUUUGACACCAUGCUCCUGCUGGUCCGUCUGGCUGUCCUGACUGCUGUCACCCUGACUGUCCCCAUUGUCCUGUUCCCUAUCCGUUCCUCCAUCAAUACCAUGCUGUUCAGCCAACGGGAGUUCAGCUGGGUGCGUCACAUGCUCAUCGCCGCCUUCAUCCUCCUGUUCAACAACCUGCUGGUCAUCUUCGUCCCCAGCAUCAGAGACAUUUUCGGCUUCAUCGGCUCCUCUGCAGCCACCAUGCUCAUCUUCAUCCUCCCUGCUGCCUUCUAUCUACGCCUGGUCAAGUCCGUGCCGAUGCGCUCCGUGCAGAAGAUCUCGGCGGCCAUUUUCCUGGUGGUGGGCAUCAUCUUCAUGUUUAGCAGCCUGUCGCUCAUCGUGAUGGACUGGAUCCACAACCCUCCCGGCUCCGGCGGUGGUCACUAAGAGGACCCCCCUUACCUCCACCCCCUCUCACCUCAAACCCCCUCCCCUGACUGUGCCUUGGGGGUAAGGUCACCGGGCCCGGGGGCGCCCCCACACAUCACCCACAGACUGAGUACAUCAGCGUACUGUAAAGGGGCGGUUCUCUUUUCUCAACCCCACCCCUUUCCACAAAGUAUUACUGGAGGGGACUACGUUCUACGACUGAAACAGACUCUUAAGUUCGUUAUUCUUUUUCUUUCUUGUUGUUGUUGGAUGGUUUAGUUCUAAAGAAUCCUCGACAACAGGGACUUGCCGAAAGGACACAAAGUAAUCAAGGAGGACGGUCACAAACGGGAGAAAAGACGUCAGGCGCUGCGGCUGUUGCAGCGCGCCCUGCCGUAGUUGUCUAGAUAGCCCAUCAACCCUACUCUGUGAUAUUACCUGAGCAGAGGAAAAAAUAUGAGCAGGGACCUCAACCAUUAAACGGUCAAGAGAACCCAAAAAGAACGAGAACUGAUCUGAGAGCUGCCACUAUUGGAGCUGGUUGUGACUACAGGCGUGGCUUCAGGGCCAUGGGCUCUGCACACUUGAAGAUUAGAGAGAGAGAGGUGAGACAAGGGUUCAAAAACAAAGAGCACUUUUAGCAUAUGUUUCAAGUUUUAAUGUAUUUUUAACACAUCCAGACACACACAAGAAACACACACACAUACAGCACGCCAUCUACACUAAUUGGAGCUAUUUGGUUACUGUCAAAAUCUAUUUUUGUACACCUAGGGGGAGUAAGAAAAGUCAAUGUAACCGUACAUAUGACCGCUGUAGAAUCUUUUUCCGAGCUAGAGCCUGGAAAAAGUUGUUCUGAGUGAUAUUUGUAAACUAGGUUUGUUAAAGUAGUUUCUAUUUUAUUACAAUCAAUCACAUCACCAAAGUUUGUGCGCACACAUAUUUCUCAGUGGCCAGUGUGUUGCUCUCAAAACAUCCCUUGACAGCAAUCAUCAGAUCAGACGUUAGCAAUCAUACACAUUGACAGACACAUACACCAAGUCAACAUUUUCAGCCAUGUCCAUUCUCCCAAUCAACACUUAACGUGAUGAUCAACACACACUGUCAGCCAUUUUGAAACCGCCCAGUAGACUGAGCUUCAAACAAGAGACUACAUUCAUUCUGUGUUAUUGUCGCAGAGAUUUGAAUGUUGCCAAGUUUCGAAUGUACCGGUACUUGGCCAAUGUUCUACUGAUCUACUGAAUGACAGUUUACGUGUUUCUUUCUUUGCCUUCUUGUUCACUCUUGUCCAAUAUGUCACGCUACAGACCCCUUGGGUCAAUUGCAGCGAACAUUACCAGGAGAUGAGCUUACGUUGUUGGCUUGAGAUCAUUUUCAACUUGUAACUCCAUCUCUUCCUCAACUUCAUGUGAAGUGAACUGUGCUAUGAAAUACAACUAGUGAACGCUAGUUUCAGUGAAGAGGAACAACAGAACUCUAUGAGAGUUAAAGAGAGUCUACUGGCAGUAUACCAUACAGGUUAUUUAACUAUUUGACUUGGCACAGCGAUCCUAUAACCCAUGAUAAUGUUUUUCUUCUAUCACAGUGUGUAAAACGAUAUCUUGUGACAAAAUUUAAUUGUGGAAAAAAAUAUUUUGGGUAAAAUAAGCAAUGGAUUGGACCUCCAGACUGUGCUGUUUCUGAGACACAAGAUAAGUUGUUUUAUCUGUGUUUGCAGUUCACACCUUAAAGGGGAAAUCUGCAGUUGCUACAUUUUUGGACUUAUAAAUGAAUGAUUUGUACCCAUUGAUUCUUGAAAAAUAUAAAUUGUGAAUGCCUCAAGAGCUUAGUUUAACCGUCGUACCCCAUCAGAACCCAAAAUAUAUGAUUGGUUUACUCCAAUGUUUGUAAACAACAUAAAUGUAAAACCAUCAUUUUGAUAUCAUGGAUGGUCAGUCCUUGCAUCCGUAUAUCUCAUCCUUCAGUUUUUUCCAGAUUAAACGGGGACUACACUUUGUUAUUGCUUCAACUGCUGAUUGCCCCUUUAAGUUCAAUAUGGGUCAUAAUGUCAAAUGUGGAGAAGAUUAGAGAAAUGAAAUUCAUCCACUGUUACUUAGCAGACUUGUCAUUUGGUGAUGUUUUUACCAGCGAUUUGUUUAUGGCAGAUUGCUGCUGAUAGUAGAGUUAACAUACACAGUAUGUGUUUAUUACUGUAAUUGUGACUCUUGUUACUGUAAUUUACAUAAUUUCAACGGACCAUAAUUUCUUAAAAUGCCCUAAUUAAUUAAUUAACACCACGAUAGAUUAAUUUCAAAAUAUUUUGCCGUUCUGAAAAAACAUUUGUCAGUAGGUGGCUACAUUAGCAGUUUGCAUUCAAAGCAGAGAAUACCUGUUUUCUAAGGUAUUAAAGCAGAUACGUGUUCCGAAUGGAUCCAGCCAGAAUGGACAACAUUUACAGAUCCUUUGUGGAUCUACAUAUGCAUGAAACAAAUUGAUAUUUCAAAUGAAAUGGUAUAGUAUGUGCAUGUUUUGGAUUACAAACAUAGUCUUUUCUGACAACUUGUAUAUGCUUUGUAAAUAAUCUUAUUAUAUGGUACUCACUGAAUUAUGUGAGUGGGGGGUUGUAAGGAUUUUUACCAGAAGUCUUUUACAAUGUUAUUUUAGUAUUCAAUGUUUUUGAUUUUGCUCUAUGAUGAUAUUUCUUUUUUUUAAUGGAAGCUUGUACAUUUGUAGAAAAUCUCUAUCCCCUUUCAUUUCUUUAUAGUUACAUAUCUGGAGUACCUGACCUUGAAUUAAUGAAAGGUUUGUCGGUAAUGUUGUCUGAUGCCUCAGUCCUACAGUGGCUGCAGGGUCCAAGUAGAAUCUCAGUGUUGAUGUCUUGCGAGACUUAGGUAGAUAUUGCCUAUGUUGAGCUGAAGUAUUUGAUUCAUGCCAUGCGGGUCGGUGCGCUGUCAAAAGAUCAAUGACGUUCAGAUCACAUGCUUUUAGUAAGAACCACCCAACAGUCACAUUUUAGAUGCAGACCACAUCGAUAGGGGCUGCUGGGUCUUUGCUGAAACUCCUCCUGAGCCUCAGUUACUGUAUGUGAAGAUAUAUUUCAUGAAGUAUAUUGACAAAAACCUUACUAUUGUGUGAGAAUGCAGAAACCAACCUUUGCCUUAAUAAUUGCAAACUUCAGUUAAUCUAGGGAGCAAACCUUAGGGUCAGGCAUGGCACCAGAUGUAAGACCUUGGUCAUACAGUGAUUUUGUCAUUCGUUUUUUAACAUUCAAAGUGGGCAUGUUUUUUCCCCCCAAUGAAGGACUAGAGCGGAGAGCGCAAAUGUUGGCGUCUCAGACACUCAAGAAGGGGGUCGGUUCGGGGCUCUUUCAGCGCUAUGCCCUCAAUAUCACUCAGGUACAACUUUAGACUGUCGUAGCAUGACAUGCUGUAGUCACGACAGUUGACUUUAAUAUAUGUUAAAUGAUCAAACACUCUGGCAUGAAAACUACAUGUCAUGCGUUUUGACAACGUAAAGUGGGCUUCAUGCCGGAGGGUUUAAGUAAUGUGUUACCCCAAAAGCAUCUGCCUUAUCUGUAACCUGGCCCGAAAGAAGCACUGGGUCAGCACCAGUGUCCUGCCGUUCAGUGUCUGCUUCCUGUGGAUCAACUAACAUUAAAAUUGUAUAUUUGCCUGAACAAAGGGGAUUUUUGUAUCAGUGAAGCUGUUUCAAUAUCAUGUAACAUGAACAAUAAAAAUGUGAAAUAAA